UGGAGCGAGAGUCUGAAACCCGCUGGGCGGAGGUGGGGCUGCUACGGCUCCGCGCCCUGGGAGUCGUCUGGUGCGGUGGGUCGCGGCGAAAAGGAGCCUGCGGGGUCAGAUUUCUGAUCUGAGUGCCGGCGCGCGUUUUGUCAGCCUACUCUGGACAAAAACAGCUGCACCUCUGAAGGCGACUCCGUUACCAAACGUUGGAAUAAUAUUGUAGAUAAAAAUGCCGAUUGGAUGCAAAGAGAGGCCAACGUUUUUUGAAAUUUUUAAAACGCGAUGCAACAAAGCAGAUUUAGGACCAAUAAGCCUUAAUUGGUUUGAAGAACUUUCUUCAGAAGCUCCACCCUAUAAUUCUGAACCUUCGGAAGAAUCAGAAUAUAAAAUCAGCAGUUAUGAAACAAACCCAUUUAAGACACCACAGAGGAAACCUUAUCAUCAUUUGGCUUCAACUCCAAUAAUAUUCAAAGAGCGAGGUCUAACUCUGCCACUGUACCAAUCUCCUUUAAAAGAAUUAGAUAAAUUCAGAUUAGAUUCAGGAAAGGACAUUGUCAGUGGUAAACAUAAAAGUUGUUGCACAAUGAAGGCAAAAAUGAAUCAAGUAAAUGAUGUUACCAGCCCACCUCCAAAUUCUUCUCUUAGUGAAAGUCCUGUUGUUCUACGAUGUACACAUGUAACACCACAAAGAGAAAAGUCAGUGAUAUGUGGAAGUUUAUUUCAUACACCAAAGCUCAUGAAGGGUCAGACACCAAAACGUAUUUCCGAAAGUUUAGGAGCCGAGGUGGAUCCUGAUAUGUCUUGGUCAAGUUCUUUGGCCACACCACCAACACUUAGUUCUACUGUGCUCAUAGUCAGAGAUGAAGAAGCAUCUGCAACUGUAAUUCCUAAUGAUAGUACUGCUAUUUCGAAAAACUGUUUUUCUAACCAUGAUGAAAGUCUGAAGAAAAAUAUUACGUUUAUCCCUUCUGGGCCAGACAGUGAAAACAAAAAUCAAACAGAAGCUAAAACUCAUGGAUUGGAGAAAAUGGUAGAGGAUUCAUUUGGUAAAGUAAAUAGCUGCAAAGACCAUUUUGAAAAGUCAAUGCCAAAUGUCCUAGAAGAUGAAGUAUGUGAAACAGUUGCAGAUAUCUCUGAAGAAGAUAGUUUUCCAGUAUGUGUUUCUAAAUAUAAAACAAGAAAUCUACAAAAAAUAAAAACUGGCAAGACUAGGAAAAAUAUUUUCAAUGAAACAAAAACCGAUGAAUAUGAAGAAGCUAAAAUACAAAUGACAGAAAAUAAACAUUCGUUUGUAUCUGAAAUGGAGCCAAAUGACAGUGAUCCAUUAGAUUCAAAUGUAAUAAAUCAGAAGCCCCCUGGGAAUGGAACUGACAAAAUCUACAGGGAAAUUGUACCAUCUUCAGCCUCUGAAUGGUCUCAGCUAACCCUCUCAGGUCUAAAUGGAACCCAGAUGGAGAAAACAUCCCUACUGCAUGUUUCUUCUUGUGACCAAAAUAAUUCAGAAGAAGACGUCAUAGGUACAGAGAAAGAACGUACCAACUUCAUUACUUUAGAAAAUUCUUUGCUGCACAUUUCAAGCAUAUCAAAAACAGUGAAGAUAUUAAAUGAGGAAACAGUGGGAAAAAAGAGAGAUGAAGGGCAGUGUCUUGAGUCUCGUGAAGAUUCCACUGUUGUGGGAAAGCAAGCAGUAUCUGAUUCUUCUCUAGUAGCUUCUCCACUUCUGGGUAUCAAGAAGUCUGUAUUCAGGAUAAGAGAGUCACCUGAAAAGACUUUCAGAGCAGAUUUCUCAAGUAAUAUGACUGAUGCAAACUUUAAAAAAGAACCAGAAGCCUCUAAAAGUGGAUCGGAAGUACAAACUGUUUGCUCACAGAAAGAGGAUUCUUUACAUACAAGUUCAGUUGAUGAUGGCAGCUGGCCAGCCACUACCAAACAUACUUCUGUAGCUUUGAAGAACGCAGGUUUAAUAUCCAGUUUGAAAAAGAAAACAAAAAAGUUCAUUUAUGCUAUUUGUGAUGAAACAUCUUAUCAAGGACUGAAAAUGCAGAAAGACCAAGAAUCAGAACUAACUAACUCUUCAGUCCAAUUUGAAGCAAAGCCUUUGGAAGCACCACAUACAUUUACAAAUGUUGAUUCAGGUUUAUUGCAUUCUUCUGUUAAAAAAAACUGUUUACAGAAUGAUUCUGAAGAACCAGCUUUGUCUUUAACCAGCUCUUUUGGGACAAUUAUGAGAAAAUGUUCUAAUAAUGAAAGCAGUUCUAAUAAUAAUAAAAUAAUAUCUCAGGAUCUUGAUUAUAAAGAAGCAAAAAUUAAUAAGGAAAAACUGCAGUCAUUUAUAACCACAGAAACUGGUUAUGUGUCAUGUUUGCAGGAAAAGCACUGUGAAGAUGAUCCAAAAAGCCAGAGAGUUUCAGAUAUAAAGGAAAAAGUAUUGCCUGCAGUAUUUCACCCUGCAUUGCCACAUUCAGAGGAAUAUAGUGAUAUUCUCUUCCAAUCCCAGGAGAGCUUUUUACAUGGCCAUGAUAAUACCACCAUUUUAACUCCUAGCUCCAAGGAUCUUCUGUCAAAUCCAGUUGUGAUUUCUAGAGGAAAAGAAUCAUAUAAAAAUAUGUCAGAGAAAAUAAAAUCUGGGAAUUGUGAAGCUGGUUUUGAAUUAACCAAAAGUAUUUCCAUGGAAAAGAAUCAAGAAACAUGUGUUUUAACUGAAAAUUCUAAAAAAGCUGAGCUGUUGUCACCUGAAAAAUACGUAACAGAAGCAUCACCUUCUAUGAAGGUACAAUUCAACCAAAAUACAAAUCUCACAGUAAUCCAAAAAGACCAAGAAGAAACUGCUUUAAUUUCAAAAAUAACUGUCACUCCAAACUCUGAAGAACUUUUCCCAGACAAAGAGAAUAAUUUUGUCUUUCAAACAACUACUGAAAGGAAUAUUCCUGUUUUAGGACAUAUUAAGGAAGUUCAUGAGGCAGACCUCAAUUGUUUAAGAGAACCUGUUCCCAAGAACUCUGCCAUAGUAGCAUGUACAGACAUAGAUGACGGACAAGCAGCCAAAGUGUCACUUACAAAAGAUUUUGGUUCAUCAGAUGUAGUCCGUGAUCUUGCAGAGAAGAAUAGAAAUAGUGUAAAGCAACCACCAAAAAUGACUCUAGGUCAAGAUUCAAAGUCAGAUGUCUCGUUGGAUAUAGAUAUGAAAUCAAACAGAAAUAAUGAUUGCAUGGACAAAUGGGCAGGACUCUCAGAUUUGAUUUCAAGUCACAAUUUUGGAAGUGGCUUCAGAACAGCUUCUAAUAAAGAAAUAAAGCUCUCUGAACACAACAUUAAGAAAAGUAAAAUGCUCUUCAAAGAUAUUGAAGAACAUUAUCCUACUAGCUUAGCCUGUGUUGAAAUUGUAAAUACCGUAUCAUUAGAAAAUCAAAAGAAAGGAAGCAGACCUCAUGAACUUGAUUCACAGUCAGUUAAUACUGUAUCUGGAUAUGUGCAGAGUAGUGCAAUUGUUUCUGAUAGUGGAAAUAGUCACACAACUCCUCCAGUUUUAUCUUUAAAGCGAGACUUUAAUUCAAACCAUAAUUUAACACCUAGUCAAAAGGCAGAAAUUACAGAACUUUCUACUAUAUUGGAAGAAUCGGGAAGUCAGUUUGAUUUUACACAGUUUAGAAAACCAAGCCACAUGUUACAGAGUAAUCCAUUUGAAAUGCCUGAAAACCAGAUAACUGUCUUGAAUACCACUUCUGAGGAAUGGAAAGAUGUUGAUCUUCAUCUCACAAUUAAUGCCCCAUCUCUCAGUCAGGUAGGUAGCAGCAAGAAAUGUAAAGGUAUAGUUGGAGGUAAGCAAAAGUUGGCUUGCUUGUCAACAACAAACUGUAACAAAAGUGCUUCUGGUUAUUUAACAGAUAAAAACCAAGUGGAGUUUAGGGGCUUUUAUUCUGCUCGUGGCACAAAACUGAAUGUUUCUAGUGAAGCAUUGCAGAAAGCCAUGAAACUGUUCAGUGACAUUGAGAAUGUUAGUGAGGAAACUCCUGCAGAAGUAGAUCCAGGAAGUUUCUCUUCAAGUCAGUGUAACGAUUCUGAUGUUUCAAUGUUUAAGGUAGAAAAUUACAGCAAUGAUAAAAACUUAAGUGAGAAAAAUAAUGAAUGCCAGCUAAUAUUACAAAAUAACAUCGAAAUGACUACUGGCAUUUUUGUCGAAGAAUAUACUGAAGACUACAGGAGAAAUACUGAAAAUGAAGAUAACAAAUGUACUGGUUUUAUUUGUAACUUAGAAUCUGAUGGCAAUGCUUCAAGUAAAAAUGAUACAGUUUAUAUUCAUAAAGAUGAAAAUGGCUUGCCAUGUAUUGAUCAACAAAACAUACAUCUAAAAUUAUCUAGCCAGUUUAUGAAGGAGGGAAACAUUCAAAUUAAAAGUUUGUCAGAUUUAACUUGUUUGGAAGUUGUGAAAGCUGAAGAAACAUUUAAUGUUAAUAUGUCAAAUAAAAAAGAGUCAACCGCUAACAAGAUGAGGCAAAAUAUAAAAGAUUCUGAUGUUUUUGAUUUGUCCUUUCAGACUGCAAGUGGGAAAAACAUCAGAGUCUCUAAAGAGUCUUUAAAUAAAGUUGUAAAUUUCUUUGAUGAAAAAUCUGCAGAAGAACUGAAUAAUUUUUCAGAUUCCUCAAAUUCUGAAUUACUUUCUGGUGUAAAUAUCAACAAAACAGACAUUUCAAGUCAUGAGGAAACAGAUAUGGUCAAAAACAAAAUAUUGAAAGGAGGCGACCCAGUUGGUAUUAAAAAUCAAGUACUGACUCUCCAGCAGAGACCUGAAUGUGAAAUCAAAAAGAUCAUAGAACCAACCAUGUUGGGUUUUCAUACAGCUAGUGGGAAAAAAGUAAAAAUUGCGAAGGAAUCUUUGGACAAAGUGAAAAAUCUUUUUGAUGAAAAAAAGCAAGAUAAUAGUGAAAUCACUAAUUUCAGCCAUCAAGGGGCAAAGACGCUGAAGGACAGAGAGGUAUGUAAAGAAGGGCUUGAAUUAGCAUGUGAGACAGUUGAAAUAACUGCCCCAAAGCAUGAAGAAAUGCAGAAUUCUCUAGAGGAGAAAAAGCUUGUUUCUAAGGAGACAGCCAUGCCACCCAGGCUCUUAAGUGAUCAUUUAUACAGACAAACUGAAAAUCUCAAGAUAUCAAAUAGUAUCUCUCUGAAAGUUAAAGUACAUGAAAAUAUAGAAGAAGAAACGAGAAAAAGUCCUAUAACUUCCUUAAGUAACAGCAUGUCUAACAGCUAUUCAUAUCAUUCUGAUUUUUCUCAUUCCAAUGAGUUAUUUAAUAAGUCAGAGUAUCUCUCAAAAAAUAAAAGUCAUAAUUCUGAUAUUGAGUCAGUAGUGAGGAAUGUCAAAGAUAGAAAAAACACUAGUUUUUCUGAAGUACUAUCCACUGUAAGAGAAGCAAACAUAAACCCACAAGCUGUAGACAAAGAUAGUUGUGUUCAGAAACUUGUGACUAACUCUUCACCAUGCAAAGAUAAGAACACAGCUGUUGAAGUGGCCAUAUCUGGUUCAAAUAAUUUUGAGACAGAGCAACCUGCACUCAGUAUAGCAAGUGAUAAAAUAGCCUUUGUUUCUCAUGAAACAAAAGUGAGAGAGAGGUUUACAGACAACUGCAGGAAGGUAACUAAGCAAAACACUGAGAGUGAAUCAGGCACUGGCCGAACAAAAAUUGUGACAGGUUCUCAUAAGGCAUUGGGUGAUUCAGAGGAUAUUAUUUUUCCUAACUCUCCAGAUAGUGAAGAACAUAGUAUGCAUUCACACGAGGUUUUUCCUAACAUUCAAAGUGAACACAUUUUACAACAUGACCAAAGUAUAUCUGGAUUGGAGAAAGUUUCUAAAAUACCAGUUUGUCACAUUAAUUUGAAAACUUCUGAUAAAUGUAAAUUUAACAUGGGAAAAUGUCCCAAGUCAGUCUCUUCUAUAAAUGUUUGUGGGAUUUUUAGCACAGCAAGUGGAAAAUCUGUACAAGUAUCAGAUGCUGCAUUACAAAAGGCAAGACAGGUAUUUUCUAAGACAGAAGAUAGUGCUAAGCAACUCUUUUCCAAAGUAUCAUUUAAAAGUAAUGAAGAACAUUCAAACAAGUUUGCAAGAGAAGAAAAUACUGUGAUACAUACCCCCCAAAAUUUACUAUCAUCUGCUUUCUCUGGAUUUAGUACAGCAAGUGGAAAACAGGUUCCAGUUUCUGAGAGUGCCUUUUGCAAAGUUACAGGAAUGUUCAAGGAAUUUGAUUUAAUUGGAACUGAAUGUAGUCUUCAGCAUUCACCUCCAUCUAGACAAGAUGUAUCAAAGAUACUUCCUCUUUCUUGUAUUGAUAAGAGAACCUCAGCACACUCUGUAAGCUCCAAAACAGGAAACGCCUAUAAUGAAGAAUUUAAAUUAUCAAACAACUAUAACAUUGAAAGUGGUUCUUCAGAAAAUAAUCAUGCUAUUAAAGCUUCUACAUAUCUCUCUCAGUUUAAGCAAGACAAACAACAGUUGAUGUCAGGAACCAAAGUAUCACACGUUGAGAACAUUCGUCUUAUGGGUAAAGAACAAGCUUUACCUAAAAAUAUAAAAAUGGAAAUUGGGAAGACUGAAACUUUUCCUGAUCUUCCUGUGGAAACAAAUACAGAAGUUUGUUCUACUAACUCCAAAGAUCCAGAAAACUAUUUUGAAACAGAAGCAGUAGAGAUUGCCAAAGCCUUUAUGGAAGAUGAUGAGCUGACAGAUUCUGAACUUCUAAGCCACGCCAAACACUCUCUUUCUACGUGCCAAAAAAACGAGGAAACGGUUUUGAUAAAUUCAGGAAUUGGAAAAAGAAGAGGAGAUGCACUUGUCACAGUUGGAGAACCCCCAAUCAAAAGAAACUUGUUGAAUGAAUUUGACAGGAUAAUAGAAAAUCAAGAAAAAUACUUAAAGGCUUCAAAAAGCACUCCAGAUGGCACAAUGAAAGAUAGAAGAUUGUUUAUGCAUCACAUUUCUUUAGAGCCAGUUACCUGUGGACCCUCUUGCACAAGUACGGAAAGGCGAGAAAUGCAGAAUCCAAAUUUCACUGCAUCUGGUCAAGAAUUUCUAUCUAAAUCUCAUUUUUCUGAACACCUGACUUUGGAAAAGUCUUCAAGCAGUUUAUCAGUUUCAGGGCAGCCACUUUGUAAGGUUCCUGCCCCAAGAAAUGAAAAAAGGAGACACUCGAUAACUACAGGCAAACCAAUGAAAGUCUUUGUCCCACCUUUUAAAACUAAAUCGCAUGUUCACAGAGAUGAACAGUGUGUUAACAGGAAUACUAAUUUCGAGGAAAACAAGCAAAAACAAAAAAACAUAGAUGAACAUGGCUCUGGUGAUGGUGAAAAUAAUGUUAAUGACAGUGAACUUCAUCAAACAACUAUGCUUUUCACAAAGGGUGAAGAAGAACCUUUAGAUUUAAUUACAAAUCUUCAGACUGCCAGAGAUAUACAGGAUAUGCGAAUUAAAAAGAAACAAAGGCAACGUAUUUUUCCACAGCCAGGUAGUCUGUAUCUUGCAAAAACAUCCACUAUGCCUAGAAUCUCUCUGAAAGUAGCAGUAGAAGGCCGAGUCCCCACUGCAUGUUCUCAUAAACAGCUAUAUAGGUACGGUGUUUCUAAACAUUGUGUAAAAAUUAACAGCAAAAAUGCAGAGUCUUUUCAGUUUCACACUCAGGAUUAUUUUGGUAAGGAAAGUUUAUGGGCUGGAAAGGGAAUACAGUUGGCUGAUGGUGGAUGGCUCAUACCCUCCAAUGAUGGAAAGGCUGGAAAAGAAGAAUUUUAUAGAGCUCUGUGUGACACCCCAGGUGUGGAUCCAAAGCUUAUUUCUAGAGUUUGGGUCUAUAAUCAUUAUAGAUGGAUUAUAUGGAAACUGGCAGCUAUGGAAUUUGCCUUUCCUAAAGAAUUUGCUAAUAGAUGCCUAAGCCCAGAAAGGGUACUUCUUCAACUCAAAUACAGAUAUGAUAUGGAAAUUGAUAGAAGCAGAAGAUCAGCUAUAAAAAAGAUAAUGGAAAGGGAUGACACAGCUGCAAAAACGCUUGUUCUCUGUGUUUCUGAAAUAAUUUCAUUAAGCACAAAUAUAUCUGAAACUUCUAGCAGUAAAACUAAUAGUAUGGAUACCACAAAAGUGGCCAUUGUCGAACUUACAGAUGGAUGGUAUGCUAUUAAGGCCCAGGUGGAUCCUCCCCUCUUAGCUCUCUUAAAGAACAGUAGACUAACUGUGGGUCAGAAGAUCAUAAUUCAUGGAGCAGAGCUGGUGGGCUCUCCUGAUGCCUGUACGCCUCUUGAAGCCCCAGAAUCUCUUAUGUUAAAGAUUUCUGCUAACAGCACUCGGCCUGCUUGCUGGUAUGCCAAACUCGGAUUCUUUUCCAAUCCUAGACCUUUUCCUCUUCCCUUGUCAUCACUUUUCAGCGAUGGAGGAAAUGUUGGUUGUGUUGAUAUAAUUAUUCAAAGAGCAUACCCUAUACAGUGGAUGGAGAAGACAUCAUCUGGAUUAUACAUAUUUCGCAAUGAAAGAGAAGAAGAAAAGGAAGCAACAAAAUAUGCAGAAGCCCAACAAAAGAAACUGGAAGCCCUAUUCACUAAAAUUCAAGCAGAAUUUGAAGAGCAUGAAGAAAAUAUAACAGAACGAUGUAUACCAUCACGUGCACUAACAAGACAGCAAGUCCGUGCUCUCCAAGAUGGUGCAGAACUUUAUGAAGCUGUGAAGGAUUCACCAGACCCAAGUUACCUUGAGGGUUAUUUUAGUGAAGAGCAGUUAAGAGCCUUGAAUAAUCACAGACAGAUGUUGAAUGAUAAGAAGCAAGCCCAGAUCCAUGUGGAACUCAGGAAGGCUAUGGAGUCUGCUGAGCAAGGGGAACAGAUUUUACCAAGAGACGUUACACCUGUGUGGAAGCUGCGUAUCGUGAGCUGUAAGAGAAAGGAAAAAGAUUCAGUUGUGUUGAGUAUCUGGCGUCCAUCAUCAGAUUUAUAUUCUCUCUUAACAGAGGGAAAGAGAUACAGAAUCUAUCAUCUUGCAGCAUCAAAAUCUAAAAGUAAAUCUGAAAGAGCUAACGUACAGUUAACAGCAACAAAAAAAACGCAGUAUCAACAACUACCGUCUUCGGAUGAAAUCUUAUUACAAGUUUAUCAGCCAAGGGAGCCGCUUCACUUCAACAAAUUAUUGGAUCCAGACUUCCAGCCACCUUGCUCUGAGGUGGACCUAAUAGGAUUUGUAGUUUCUGUUGUGAAAAAAAUAGGUCUUGCUCCUUUGGUCUAUUUGUCAGAUGAAUGCCGUAAUUUAUUGGCAAUAAAGUUUUGGAUAGAUCUUAAUGAAGACAUUAUUAAACCUCACAUGUUAAUUGCUGCAAGCAACCUCCAGUGGCGACCAGAGUCCAAAUCAGGAAUUCCUACUUUAUUUGCUGGAGAUUUUUCCAUGUUUUCUGCCAGUCCAAAGGAAGGCCAUUUUCAAGAAACGUUCCACAAAAUGAAAAGUACUAUUGAGAAUAUCGAUAUAUUUUGCAAUGAUGCAGAAAACAAGCUUAUUCGUAUACUUAAUACAAAUAAUCCCAAGUGGUCCACCCCGACUAAAGACUAUACUUCAGCACCACACACUGCUCAAACAGUCCUUGGUACAGGAAAUAAGUUUCUGAUGUCUUCUCCCAGUAGUGAGAUGAAUUAUCAAAGUCCGUUAUCACUUUGUAAGCUAAAAGGGAAGUCUGUCUCCACACCUGCAGCAGCCCAAAUGACUUCGAAGUCUUGUUGCAAAGGGGAGAAAGAGACUGAUGACCCAAAAAACUGCAAAAAGAGAAGAGCCUUGGAUUUCUUGAGCAGAUUGCCUGUACCUCCACCUGUUAGUCCCAUUUGUACAUUUGUUUCUCCAGCUGCACAGAAGGCAUUUCAGCCACCACGGAGUUGUGGCACCAAAUAUGAAACACCUAUGAAGAAAAAAGAAUUGAAUUCUCCUCAGAUGACUCCACUUAAAAAAUGUAAUGACAUCUCUCUUUUGGAAGGUGAUUCAAUAGCUGAUGAAGAACUUGCCCUGAUAAAUACCCAAGCCCUUUUGUCUGGUUCAGCAGGAGAAAAUCAACUUACAUCUAUCAGUGAGUCCACUAGGACCGCUCCCACUAGUCCAAAAGAUUAUCUCGGACUGAAAAGGCCUUACACUGCAUCUGUGAUCAAAGAACAAGGGAAUUCCCCAGCCAGGACUGAAGAACAGAAGACUAAUAUGCAGGACACAAGUACAAUAAAAAAUAUAUCCAAGAGACUGCAAAGGCGACAAAAACCAAAAUGAUGAUAAAUUAGGUAUUGAUACAACCUUUCCAGUUUGUAAAACAUAUACAAUUUCAAACUCUACAUCAGAAUUUGCAUAAUGAGAAAAGAAAGGAAAAAGUUCAAAAUUUAUCUCUG